CGCUUCCUCUAAAGUCAGCUGAUUUAAUCGGGUGACUGUUGACAUCGGUCUUUACGAGACCUGAAAACUCCAAAGAAAGUAACUUUAAAAAUUACAGAUGACGGUCGAAUAAAAUCUAUUUCACUCCAAAUUGUUCUCAGACAUCUCGAGGCAACUGAAACCUGGAAAACGGUAAUUUCAAAAAUGGCUUCGUUGCUUUUUUGCGGUCCUAAACUAGCAGCAUGUGGACUGGUGUUGAGCAUCUGGGGUGUCAUUAUGCUGGCAAUGCUGGGGAUUUUCUUUACCACACAUUCAGCUGUGCUCAUAGAGGAUGUGCCUUUUAACUGGGAAGACGUGAACAACGAGUCAACAACACUGCAGCCCAUUUAUAAAAUGUACAACCAAGUUGGAUACAAUUGCUUCAUUGCAGCAGCGAUCUAUGUGGCUAUAGGAUUACUGUCAUUUUGUCAGGUUCGCCUGAACAAGCGCAAGGAAUAUCUGGUGCAUUAGCACCACCAGCCUGCUUGAAUUGUCUCUUGUUGUGUUUGUAUGCAUUGCUGUGUUAACCUUAAAAUGAAGCAUACAUGGUUGUAGAUAUUUAAAAUAUCAAGCUGUUUGAUAUUUCCUACUGUACCUUUUUUCCUUCAUUGCUCUUUCGAAGCUAUUGACAAAAUAUAACUUGCUUAAGAUUGACCUUUAUGAUUACUUGUGCCUCACUAAUAUGCCCUUUACAGUGCCUUUUGAUCUGUGGACCAGAAAAACAUAAAAUCAAAAUAUUUGUACAGCAUAUGCUGCUUAUUAUUGAUAUUUUGAAUAUAUAAUUUAUAUCUUUACAACUGUCAAAUAUACAUCAAGUUAUUGUUUGUGGAACCAAAUGUUAAAUAAUUGCUCUAGCUCUAUUUUCUCACUAAAUGACUCUGCAUUUAUCUUUCAAA